AUGGAACAAGCUGCAUCAAUUGUCCCAGAGCAUGAACAAGGUGGAGAUUUCAAUGACAUUUUAAGUGCAUCUGAUAAAAGGGGAGGAGCCAAAGAUUCGGAGAAGAAACGCGAUGUGUUCAGGGAGAGGAUUGAGUCUUGUAAUCUGAUGGAUUUGGGAUCUUCAGCGCACCGUUACACUUGGAGGGGUCCCAUCUAUCAGGGAGGUGUUGGUAUCUAUGAGAGACUUGACAGAGCAAUGAGCAACGACAUCUGGAGACUUCAAUUUCCUAAUGCUUCUGUCAAAGUCCUCACGAGGAUGGAAUUCUCCGACCACCAUCCUAUCCUUAUUUCGCUCAAGGAUGAAAACAACACUCGGGAGGCUAAGAGGUUCCAUUUGAGAGUGCUUGGCUUCUUGAGGAGAAUUACGACACUUGGAUGA